AUGUCCCCGGUCCCUUUUCCAGAGCCUGCACUGCGCGACCCCGACGUCGAGGAGGGCAUCAAGUACUGGGAGUCGCAGCCCGCCAACUACGACGGCGUCCUCGGUGGCUUUGGCAACGGGCCGCUCCCCCGGGUGGACGCCCUCGGCUCGCGCCAGUUCCUCAUGCACCUCCUCCCCGAGCUCUGCGCCGUCCCCUCCGCCAUCCGGCCCCUGAACGUCCCCGCACAAGCCGCACAGAGACGCACGCGCGCGCUCGACGUCGGCGCGGGCGUCGGCCGCGUCACCGCCGACGUCCUCCUCCACCUCUUCUCCGACGUCCUCCUCGUCGAGCCCGUCGCGCCCUUCGUCCGCGAGGCCCUCCGCCGCGGCCGCGCGAGCGAGGCCCCCGCCCCCGCCCCCGCCCCCACCCCGGAGAGCGCGGGCGCCGACCCGGACAGCCUCGAGCUCGUCCCGUGGAAGGGCAUCGCCGACGGGCGCAAGAGCGUCACCUUCGUCCAGGCCACCCUCCAGGACUUCGACCCCACGCGCCCCGGCAAGGCGAGGGUGCUCGGCCGCGUCGGCCGCGUCCCGCCCGCGCACGAGGACGACCUCGGUGCGGGGUUCGACGUCGUGGUGUGCCAGUGGUGCCUCGGCGCGCUGAGCGACGCCGACCUCGUCGCCUUCUUCCGCAAGUCCCGGGCGGCGCUGCGCGAUCCCGCCCGGGGCCUCGUGCUCGUGAAGGAGAACCUGUGUUCGGAGGAGGGCGGGCCGCGCGCGGUGUUUGAUGAGAGCGACUCGACGUUGACGAGGUCCGAUCUCGCGUGGAAAAAGUGCUUUGCGGAUGCCGGUUUGAAGGUGGUCGACGAGCGGAUCCAGCGAGGUUUCCCGGAGGGGCUCUACCCUGUAAAGAUGUACGUUCAUCCUUGUGGUCUGUUGUCACCCGCUCAUUUCACUCUUGGUAGGUAUGCUUUGAGGUGA